UUUCUAUGAUCUAUUUAUCAUAACCUCUGUUCAAAGUUUAACCUCAAUAUGUCAAACAAAACAAAAACUUGGAUGUUUUCUAGCAAUUUAUAUUGAAUAUUGGUUCGCUUAUAAAUAAUGGAAGAAAGCAUCAUUGGAAAAACUAUUGAAGAUGUAUCGGAUUCGAAAACAGGGGAAACUGAAGGAAACCCCACAGAAAACAUUAACUCAGAAAUAACGGAUUCUAUUGAAAAUAAUUCUAGCAAAUCUUUCAAAUCUAAUGAAGAAGUAAAAGCUUAUGAUACAACUAAUAUCCAUUAUGAAGGACAGGUAGCUAUUUAUACAGAUCCGUCGAAUGGAUAUCAAUAUGAAUGGUCGGCAGAUAAAAAUGAAUGGAUUCCUAAAAGUCUUGAAUAUGGAUUUGAAAAUGAUACACAUACCUACACUGAUAGAGAUGGUGUAAAAUUUUUUUGGGACAAAGAGAAAUCUGCUUGGUUCCCUAAAAUAGAUGAUGACUUCAUGGCACAGUAUCAAAUGAAUUAUGGCUUCAUAGAUAACACAAGCGAUAAUAAAAAAGCAGAGCCUCUUGAGGUAAAGAAAAAUGAAAGUGCUAUAAGAUCGAGUGAAGAAGAGAAAGACAUUGAAAAAAGCAGAAUAGCAGGUGUGAAAAGAAAACCCUCAGAACCUACAUGGUUUGAGGUAGAUCAAACACAAAAUACUAAAGUAUAUGUUUCAAAUUUACCAACUGAUAUUACUGAAGAAGAAUUCAUAGAGCUCAUGUCAAAAUGUGGGCUUGUAAUGAGAGACUUAACUGAUGGUAGUUUUAAAAUAAAAUUGUACAAAGAGUCUGGAACUGACUUUUUGAAGGGAGAUGCUUUGUGCACUUAUAUAAGAACAGAAUCUGUUAAUUUAGCUCUUGAUUUGUUAGAUGGAUAUAAUUUUAAAGGCAAAAAAAUAAAAGUAGAAAGAGCAAAAUUUGAAAUGAAAGGUCAGUAUGAUCCAAAACUCAAACCAAAAAUGAAAAAAAGGAAAGAAAAACAAAAGCUCAAAAAGAUGCAAGAGAAGUUGUUUGAUUGGAGACCAGAAAAAGCUUUUGGGGAAAGAUCAAAACAUGAGAGAACAGUCAUUGUGAAAAAUCUGUUUGAUCCUUCUGAUUUUGACACAGAUGUUGGACUCAUACUAGAAUUUCAACAAGAUUUGAGAGAAGAGUGUGGUAAAUUAGGAGAAGUAAAAAAAGUCAUUUUAUAUGAUAGGCACCCAGAAGGUGUUGCUCAAAUAAAUAUGAGUAAUCCUGAGGAAGCUGAUGAAGUUGUAAAAUUACUCAAUGGACGUUUCUUUUCUAAGCGACAACUUACUGCGGAGAUAUGGGAUGGUAAAACAAAGUUCAAAAUAGCAGAAACAGAUUCUCAAAUCAGUCAGAGAUUGGAGAAGUGGGAUAAAUUUUUAGAACAAGAAGAUGGUCAUAAAAAUGAAACUAAGCCUCAAGAUUCCAAACAAAGUUGAAACAGAAAUUUGAAUCUUCUGUUAUAAUAAUCUACAUAGUUCCAAGUCAGAUGUAAAUUGAAUUAAAAAAUGUUUUGAA